GCAGAUCGUAAAAUAUUUCGUGUCUGACAAAUACGUAUUAGGCUUAUUUUAUUUAUGUAAAGAACAACACGCUGCAAUACACGAUUUAAUCUCGCACAUCACCACACAUUAAAGAAUAAUCUUUCGUGACAAUAGUUACAGCGAUCGGACGGGCACGUUUGGCUCAUUCCAUAGCUCAUAAAUGCUGUUCGCCGUAAAACAACCGCAAAUAUAUUAACAUGCGCGGGACUCAGACAAACAUAGAAACAUAUUCAGUGGUUGGUAAAAAGCAUUUAAUAAGGACUUUUCUACGCAGGAACAUUGAACGCACACAUGUGUGUAAUGGCCCGAAAGCAGCGCACUACUACGGUUCAAGAAAAUUCCGGCAGCUAACUCCAACCGUUAGGAUGCAUAUGUUCAGUAGUCUUCAAACAAUUACGUUCUGGAAUGCGAAGCGUAUGCAAACGCAAAUUACGUCGUACAAGUUGUCGUGAAUGCGCUCGGGGUGGUGUCGUAAUGGAUCGGCCGAUAGUAAACAGAAAGAAAACCUACAACGACAUGUGUAAGCAACAUCAAGCGAUAAUAUACAUCCACAAAGAGUGCAAUUGCAUGUAACCUAUUAACAGCAAUAUAAUAUAUUAGGCAAAAUAAACGAAGCGACUUAACGUACAUCGUAAGCGAUGGAGAAAUAGAGAAAAGAAAUCUUGACAGACCGCAUUAUUAACAUUGUACACAGCAUAAUACGAAUAGUUUCAAGUACAAUCACGCGCAUUUAGUAACCGAACAAAAAAAAAAAAGAAAGAAACAGAAACAACUCGCAGUUGCGACACGAAGAGCCCAAAGGUAUCGAAUCAAUAGCCUUGGCGUUGGAACAGCCACGCGGCGCCAAACAUGCGAAUUCGAAGGAAGAAGGAAUCUAGGGAAUUUGUGGAGGCAAUGCCUGAAGGAGAGCACCGCGCUAGGGAAACUAUGUGGGGAAGCCUAGGGAACGAAGUUAGAAGCUGCGGGAGAAACGGGGAAAAUUUUCAGUGGGAGGGAUGGAUAGAGAGAGACGAGAGAGAGAGAGAGACAGAAAGAAGAUGGGAGGAGGCAAGACGCGAUGAAUUGAGUUUUGCGUAGGGAGUGCGUUCUCAGUCGCAGUAUUGGCGGCGAACUCAGCGUGUCGUCUGCUCGGCUGGGAAGUGCGAAGAGCGCGCCGUGCUAGGAAGUUCGUGCGCUGUGGAACCUUAAACGCCGGAAGGGAGAAGGGAUACAACAUUUAUUCUUGUCUUUGCGGAAGUGUCGACACAAAGCGAAUAGCAAAUUUUUUCGCGUCCUGGACUUUGUGGUGGUGCAGCACAGCAAGUGGUAUCACUAAAUCUUCGGGCAUAUUCUCUGCGAUAAAGGUAGCAGAAACCAUGAAUCUCGUGGACGACGCGCAUGACCUGCUUGAGCCUACGGCGUCGGGGCCAGCGCCGGCCGACGCCAACGAGUCGACCAGCAGCGAAAACAUCACCGAACUGCAGAACGCCGUGCAUCGCGACGAGUCGCUGGCGCUCAUCGAACUCGCCGUGCUCACCUUCAUUUUUGCGCUCACCGUGGUCGGAAACUUGUGCGUUCUGGUGGCCCUAAACGCGCGCCGCUCCAAGAUGACGCGCAUGUACUACUUCCUGGUACACUUGUGCGUCUCCGACCUUACCACCGCCUUCUUCACGGUGCUGCCUCAGCUCGGCUGGGACGCCACGUACCGUUUCCGGGGCGGGAACUUCUUCUGCAAGUGCGUCAAGUACGGCCAGAUUCUGGGCCCUUAUCUCUCCUCGUACGUGCUCGUGGUGACGGCCGUGGAUCGGUACCAGGCCAUCUGUUUCCCGCUAUCCAACUGCUCCUGGACACCGACCAAGUCUAAGCUCCUGGUGUCGCUAGCCUGGGCCGUGUCGCUGCUCUGCUGCUUGCCUCAGCUAUUCGUCUUCAGCUACCAGGAGGUGGCGCCGGGCGUGUACGACUGUUGGGGCACCUACAUCGAGCCGUGGGGCCUGCGCGCCUACGUCACGUGGUACGCCCUGAGUGUCUUCUUCAUCCCCCUGUUGGUGCUCGUCUUCACAUACGUCUGCAUCUGCCGUGCCAUCUGGCAGAACCUGUACCUUAAGCGAAAGAGCUCGGACGUCGAAGGACGUGGCAAAGCGUACCGCUUCAAGAGCCCGCAGGGGAGUGCUGCGGCCGACACCGACUCGUCUUUGCACAUGCGGGGCCCCCUGGUGCCUCGCAGUCACUCGUCAGCCCGAGGCCUGUCCAGGGCCAAGAUUAAAACGGUGAAGAUUACCGUGGUGGUGAUCAGCUUCUACAUCAUCUGCUCGUCGCCCUUCAUCUGCGUCCAGAUGUGGAUGUACUGGGGCACGGGCCUCGACAUGAGCGACGCCUGGACAAAUGCUACGGUGACCAUCCUGAUGCUGCUAAACAGCCUCAACAGUUGUGUCAACCCGUGGAUCUACCUGUUCUUCAACCGGAACCUGGUGCAGGCACUGAGGCAGCAGGUGUGUUGCUGCUGCUGCCGCCAGGACAGGACGGUCGACGGAUCCAACCCACGUGGCACGGGUGGACUCCUCCCUGAAAUCACAACCCAGGGCACCGACAUCAACAUCAGCCGCCAGAGCUCGCCGGUCUGCUCGACACCGCGCAAGACCUUCGACAACAUCGACAUGGGCGUCCGAAGGCACACCUAGCGGCGCGCCAACGGCGACGCCGCCGCGCGCACAGAACGGGGUGCACGCAUGCGGAUGUCGUCGCCUUGCGCAAUACCGAUGCUGGAUCUGCACGUGACCGCCUGCGCUGAGACCGAGCGCAGGAGUUGAGCUUAGUGCGCUGACCUUUCAGCCGCCCUGGCAGGACACGUGACUCGAACAGCUUGCCCUCUGGGCCCGUGACCUGCAUGCUCAAGCAAUACAGAGAGAACAUUGCGACUGGAAAUUCGAGUGACACCGUUUCAAGUGACGUGCAAUGAGUACUGUGAAGAAUUUUGAGACCUUAGCACCGGCUGUCACCAAUGAAGAAACCUAUUAGCGUGCUGCUCAGCGCGCGUAGUUGAAUUUCCCGGCAUCACCUGAAUACGUUAUCCGAGAUGUGUGUAUUGCCUACCUCUUUCUUCGUCAUCGUUUUCAUUACUACCCUCUCUACCGAUGAGACCUUUUGUGAUGACAUUUGUUCCAGGCUAGGCACGUAGGAGAGGAGACCGAGAAAAGUACCUUAAGAAAAAGAAGCCAAGUUCCUGCGGACGCAGUGUGACGGAGAUUAAGUUUAAGCCGGUCAGUCAUAAAGCACACCGGCAAUAACCGUAGUAGGGUGCAAUCUUCGAAUUAUGCCGCAAAAGUUCCACAGAAUCAGGUGAUCAAGGAUACUGGGGAUUGCUGAGCCAGCCUUUACAAGUAAAGGUGGUAAUGGCCCGGUGUGUUCCACGUUACCGCUGUGAGUGCGACUCGCGUGAGUUGAAGUGUCAACAUCGCAAUGCCACAAAAACAACGUAAGCGCCAGCAUCAACGAAGCAGACCUACCGCUACAAAUGCCUUCGUGUGUUCUCAAUGGAUCUCACCUGUAGAUUGGGGCUCCUUCCCGAUGGCUUCGCAUCAGGCGUUCGCUCUUCAAUGAACCAACGAAGCAACCUCCUGGGGUCCGUGUUCAUCAGGUUGUGUGCUUAGGUGUGGUACAGUAUAAUGCUCACGCCAGCUGUGUUUACAGGAGUGCGACAGGACGCAGCUGUGAUCAACCAAAGACAUUUAGACGGGCUAUAAAGCAAAAAGGGGAGGUCACUUUCCUUUUUUCCCUAGAAAGUAAUACUGUUCCUUGGAUACUGUACCUUUCAUUUCCUUCCGCGAAGAAACAUUCCACGGGAUUCUUAGCUCUUGUGUGUGUGUGUGUGUGUGUGUGUGUGUGUGUGUGUGUGUGUGUGUGUGUGUGUGCGUGCGUAUACCAAGGCACUGCGAUCAAACUCUCAGAGAACUUCUGCACACCGUUCUUUAAUUUUGUGCGUGAGGUCGAGUUGGUGUAACAUACUUGUUGCUUAUAUACUCACACUUGUUUGUGCGUGCGUGCAAUUGUAUCUGUGUUUUCACGCAAGUGUGUGUGUUUUAUGAGUGUAUGUUUGUGGCGCAAAGAAAUCAAUCUUCACUUGUGAGCUGUGACUUCCUUUGGACCCCUCGCUGGAUGGCGACCGGACGUUUACGUGCGGAUGUUUGGACUAACCACGUUACUUCAUUUGGCCUGAAAAACUUUGUUAGGCCGUGCGUGCUUUGAAUGGUCAUCGUAUUGCCUUGCAGCUUUGACGUUACGUGGCUUUCCAGAGCACUCGUUUCCUUUCUUGCUCAAGUCUACACGAAUACUUACAAGGACUGUUUCAGCUGUUUUGUGCUUCGUUUGUGCAAGAAGCACUGUUUUGUUAUUUUCGUCACGCGUGAAGAGAGGUUUUCGAGGAGGAUGCUGUAUGUAUACAAGACAAAGUAAAGUACUAUUUCUAAGUUUUCGUUUCUACUGGUCAUAGUCGGGUGCUUCUUUAUGCUUCACUCGACACAACUUUUUAUGGUUUCAGUGCGUCGAAUAGACAUUAAAGCGUCCACGAUGUUGUAUAAAAAACACUUGCAGUUUCAUUUGUCUUCAAAUAUCUAUCAAAGAGAGUAAAAAUAAAGUAUUGUUCCGUGCA